AUGGAUGAGUUUCCUCCUGAGUACGUCAAUGCCAGCAACGCAGGGCGGAUCGUCGGGGUGGUUGGAGUUUUUCACUUCCUCGCCUUGGCAUUCGUCUCGCUCCGCAUAUAUGCUCGGCUGGUGUUUCUCAGGGUCUUUGGAGCCGAAGAUGCCCUCAUUGUUGCAGCCGCAAUCUUCGCCCUUGUCUCUUGGGUUUGCCUAGUUCUUCAGAUACCGUACGGCCUCGGCCGCCACGGCACGACCAUACCGACCGAAGAUAGAAUCGAGUUCGAACAAAUAUCCUUCUGGAAGACGGUCUUGUCAGAUGGUGUUGCCAUGGGGCUGCUCAGGGUUUCGAUGGCGAUUAGCUUGCUAAGGCUUAAGAGGGACCUGCAAUGGUAUCGCUGGUCUCUGUACGCCGUGAUCGGAUUUGUCGUGGCGUAUUCAAUUCAAGCAAUUGCUUGGCUAUUCGUCUACUGCACCCCAUAUUCGGGCUGGUGGGAGUUCCAAUGGAUGAACCCCUUUGAUCCAAGGUGUCACGACUUCAACCUGUUCAUCAACCUGACAUACUGGAAUAUCUCCUGCAACAUCUUCACUGACAUUUGCUUGGGGGCGCUUCCGAUUCCUAUCAUCUGGCAUCUGAAAAUGAGAUUUCGCGUCCGCCUUUACGUCAUAGGUAUUCUCAAUCUUGGUUACUUCGCCAUUAUCAUGGGCAUACUCAAGGCUGUGUUCAUGUUGACCACGGGUGGAAAUCCAGAUGCUAUUUUUGACUAUUGGGUUCAUUUCUGGCAGAAUCUCCAACUUAACAUCGGCAUCAUCGCAGCCUGCGCCUCCUACCUCAAGCCCCUUUUCGGCCGCCUGUUGAAGAUCAACAGCUCA